AUGGAAUAUCUUACUCUCCAAGAUAUUCCGCACCGCCACUGUGAACCGCUGCACUCGCGCAAGAUGAACUCCUCGCAUUCUGCCGAACGGCCGCUGGCUAACAUGGUCGCUGCGAACCACCACAUGCGCAGCUCUCCACCUAUUCAACCAGGCGAGCAAAACUUUCCUGGCAAACUCCCUUCCUUCUCCGAGUUCCUCCACACUACACGGACUACCACACCACCACGGACUCCCCAGCGUCGGAAUGACUCGGUUGAAAGCUCUCCCCAUGUGCAACCCCAGUUUGACGAUGUAGCUUGGUCUGAGAGCAAGCGAAGACGCGUCGAUACACUCGGCGACAUCUACGAGCCACCUGUAGUGCAGGUCCGUCGCACGAGCAGUGCUAUUGAUCCAGCCCUUGCUGGCUACUCGCCCCACAUCCUUCAGCAGCAUCCAGUGCAGCCUGUAGGAUCCGGCAUGCAUCACCGCCAAAGUCACUCGUAUGUGCCACCACAACAGCAGUCGAUGCCUUCGAACCCACACAUGCGACACCAGUCACCCUCAGCUCCCCAAGGCCACAUUUCCUACGCGCAACCUAUCGGACAAAGUCCUUUCCAGCAAUCCAUGGUUCAGCAAGGCUCCAUGUACGAGCCACGUCAUAGCUACUACCAUGAGUCUCCAGCAGCUGUCUAUGGCGGAUACGACCGACCUAACGAUUCUUACUUCACUCGGGCCGGAUAUCAAGGCUAUGACACAUCUUACAGCGACAUUCGCUUCCAACAGCAUGUUGGCCUUGAUCACAACGCAUUCAACAGGAAGCGCCGAGGCAACCUGCCGAAAGAGGCCACGAACCUCCUGAAAGACUGGUUUGCCGCCAACCGAACAUCACCAUAUCCCACAGAAGACCAGAAGAUGGAACUCUGCAACAGAACUGGGCUGAGUCUCAACCAGGUAUCCAACUGGUUUAUCAACGCUCGUCGUCGUGCUCCACAAAAGGAACAACGGGAACGCGAGGCCAAUGGUCCCGAAACAUAG